AUGGCUGUUUGGAAUCUUUGCGCAUUUGCACUCUUCGCUCGCCUCACCCUCGCGGCUCCUGCACAGGAAUGGGGUCCGAACGACCCUUCCGUCAUUGAGACGUCUUCUGGGCUCGUUUCACCGCUGAUUGACAGCGUGUACCCAGAUGUUUACCAGUAUCUGGGCAUGCCGUUCGCGCAACCGCCUCUUGGUCAGCUUCGGUUCGCGCCUCCUCAACCAGUACACCCAAGUAAUGGCACGAUCCGUUCGACGAUGCCUCCAGGCUGCUACCAACUCACAGGAGCGGAGGACAUCUUUGAUGUUCUUGAACCAGGAUUCGGCCAGCAGGGUCAGCAAAGUGAAGACUGCUUGAAGCUCAACCUUUUUCGGCCUAUGCAUCCAACGACUCAGUCCUUGCCCGUCCUUAUCUUCGUUUACGGCGGCGGAUUUGUUCAGGGCGGUAUUAAUGAGACCUAUGAGCAACCCACACCUUGGGUUCAAGCCAAGCAGAAUUUGAUUGUGGUGAAUAUUCAAUACCGGUUAAACAUCUUUGGCUUCCCGAACAGCGCUGCUCUUCAGCAAAACAAUCUUGGCCUACAGGACAUACGUGCUGCGGUGGAAUGGGUACGGGAUAAUGUACAGGCUUUUGGCGGGGAUCCCAGUCGGAUUACCCUCUGGGGCCAGUCCGCCGGGAGCAUUGCGACUAAUGCAUGGACAUAUUCGUACCUGAAUGAUCCUAUUGUCUCAGGCACUAUCAGCACCUCGGGAACUGCACUUGCACCACGUGAAGGAUGGCAAGCAUUGGACUCUGCGCAGAACAACUUCACAUUUGUUGCCGGAAAGUUAGGCUGCUUUGGAGACCCGGCUAGUGUACUUGGCUGUAUGCGCCAGCAGCCCGCAAUCUUGAUUAAGGACACACUCAAGAACUACACCAGCAGUUCCAUGCUAUCUUUCCAGCCUGUCGUCGACGACCAACUGGUGUUUAGCAACUACACCGAACUAUUGCGGGAAGGUCACAUUAUCAAACAGCCAGCAAUCCUAGGCAGCAAUCGUCGGGAAGGCGAACGCAGUAUUGACAAGGGUCUCAGCACCAGUGGACCUAAUACAACCCUCGCACUGGUCUACACAGUUGUUGCCUUUCUGUGCCCAGCCCAGCUGACCGCAAAGCUCCGCUACGAAGCUGGCUUGCCUACCUAUCGCUAUGAGUACAAGGGGAAUUUUAGCAACAUCUCUCCUUUACCUUGGAUGGGCGCUUACCACGCCUCUCCUCUCCCGCUCCUCUUUGGUACAACUGACAUCGCUUCCGCACACCCAUUCAACGUCACGCCCAGCACGGCCUUCGAAUUUCGUGAAGAUGAUAACGACACCGGCCUCCGUCAAGAACUGCAUGAAACCCUCAACAUAGACGUUGACACUCGCGAAGUAGAAGACACUGGUGGGAGUGGUGGAGAAGCUGACCAGAAGGGUGUAGAGCACUCUGACGAGCAAAAAAGGGAGAGCGAGGAGGGAAGCGAUGGCCAGUCUCCAGAUGACGCAGUGACGAAGAUGAUGUUUGCGGGUGAAAAAAAGAACCGCGAGGCCGGCACUGGCAGCCCAUGCUGCCACGAAGAUGACACUCGCGGCCUUGCUGAGAGAUUCACCGGUCGAUUGCUUAGAAGGUUCGCUUUUCAGGUGAAAUACACCGCCGAUGAUGGCCAGUACUAG